AUAGAGUUUGGCCGAUGGUGCAGUCAACGUCGGGACCGGCAUCUAAAAAGACGCACGCGUCUUCUCUCGUUUCUCGUGCACGCCGUACCCUUCGAUUAACAUUUUUCAAUAUUAACGUUAGACUCUUUAAUUGUGAAAAGAUACGAAAUUUAAACGGAGAGAGAAAAAAAGGGGUGGGGAAAAUUAAAAAACAAUUAGAAAAACAAAAUAUAUAUAUAUAUAUACACAUGUACAUAUGUAUAUAUGUAUAUAUAGAUACAUAUAAACACAUAUAUAUGCGAAUUUCUAUUUAAUUAUAUGAGUGAAAUAGAGAUUGCAAAGGAUCGAAGAAUUGAUGGGUUUAGUGUACGUGCAAGCUCUUUAACUGUGUACUUCCGUGUGUACGUGUGUGUGUGUGUGUGUGUGUGUGUAUGUGUGUCUGCUGCGUGUGCGUACGUAGGUGCGUGCGUGCGCGGGCGUGUAUACGUGUGCGUGGAAGUAUGCGCGCGUAGUAGAAGCAUCGUGCCGAGGCUUGGCUGACCGGUUAAACUAUAAACGUUCGUCCGUAAAGAAGAACGAAAGAAGGUGUUGACUUUCUCCAUUAAGCGUAAAAAACUUUUAUCAAAGUGGACGUUCGUCUUAUGGAGGGAGAGUGAAAAUUGAAAAGAGAGAGAGAGAGAGAGAGAGAGAGAGAGAGAGAGAGAGAGAGAGAGAGAGAGAGAGAAAAAGAAAGGAAGAAAGAAAGAAAAAAAGGAAAAAAAAAUUAAAAAAAGGACAGAAGAAAGGAAGAAAAGAAAUGAAAGGCAUAAGAGAGAAAAAGGAAAAAAAAAAAUGUUUAAGAGAAAACUCUUAAUAUCAUAGUUACUCAGAAUGAAUGUCCUUGAUAUAUUUUUUUCUUCGUCGUUAGUUCGAAUGCGCUCUCUUGUUAAUACGCCUUGUAUGACGAUAAAUUUGUCGAAUACUGAAAAAGGAGAAAGGUGAAAAAGACGACGAGAAGGUAUUUCGAAAAAAAUCAACGAUAAAGUAUAAGCGACAGAUAUAUCGUUCUUACGAAGUUUACGGCCCGUUACGAAGAUUGUGUUGACGUGGAAAGAUUUAGCUGGAUUUAACGGGGAAAUAAAGAAAUAAAGAAAUAAAUAAGAGAAAGAUAGAAAUAAAAGAUAUAAACAUCAAAGGACACUCGUGAAUUUUUUCUUCCGUGGUUACGUUUUAUUUCUCUCUCUAUUUUUUUCUCUCUCUCUCUCUCUCUCUCUCUCUCACAGACACAUAUAGACACACACACACACACACACACACGCACACACAGACUUCCAAUCAAGGAAUUUAAAACGAAGGAAGAUAUAAUAAAUUCUGUGAAUUUUUAGUAUCGAUUAAUAUCAACGAAUAUAGAAGACGACGAAGUGGAAGAUAACGUUAAAAGGAAAAUAUAAAGAUAAGAAUAAGAAUAAGAAGAAUAAGAAGAAUAAUGGAAGACGACAAAGAGGGACUUGGUUAUUUCAAUAGUACGAAUUUAUUUGAAAGGAACUCUUCAAAGAUACGAAAUCGAAUUGUUACGGAUAUUUUACUUUUGAUUAUUGAUUAUCACGAUAAUGUUACUAAAUGAACGAAAUAAGAGAUCAUUCGCUAUCUCACGUUUACAUAUCGGAGGAAGAGGGAUUGCUUUAUUUUUUUUCCUGUUCUCCGAUCCAAGACUCGAAGCAAAGGAUGUUCGAAAUUGGACCGAAAUGGGAAAGAGUUGGGUGUGGGAGGAACACCGACCUUAUAAGAAUGCAGGAAGCAAAGGAGUACUACAGAUGCGCAGGAUAGAAUGAAUCGUCGGGAGGACCCGUUGUUGCGACAGCAUCGCAGCCGCUUGCUGCAACUCGCCGAAGCUACCAACAUCAAGCCCGGUCGUGGAAGCAGCAAGAGACGCGGUCAAAGACAAUCCCAUGGAUUUUCACCAAGCAAUGGCGGUUCAAGUACAGGACGUGUUACACUUCAGGACAUCGUUAGAAGCGAUCCAGGUUAUACGCCUAACAUAGAACACUUAGUGUUCCCCGAACGAAAGAGCAGUAAUCCGAAUUUAUCUGGAAACACCGAUGGCUCGCCACCACCAGGUACAACCAAAUCGAAAUCCAAUGCUCCAACUUCUAGUAGAUCAAGACUCGUUGAGGUCUUUGCGAGACAUUAUUCACGAGGAUCCUUGCAGGACAGUACGAUUACCUUGAGAAAGAAUCAUUUGAACAGCACUUCGUUGGACAGUGGCAAUUUGAUACUAUAUCAACAACAGCAACAACAACAACAGCAGCAGCAGCAGCAGCAGCAACAACAACAACAACAGCAGCAACAGCAGCAGCAGCAACCACAGCAACAGCAGCAACAGCCACAACAACAACCGCAACAACAACAACAACAACAACAACCGUCGGCUUCAACAACUUCCUCAGGGACAUCAUCGAGCGCCGUAGGUUCAACGGCAGGUUCAACGACAACAGGUUCGAUAGUGAGAAACACAGGACGACGUUGGCUUUUACAAAGUUCCCUAUCCUCGCGGCAACACUCGGCAGAUGAGGGCACACGUGGGCCCAGCAACGUGGUGGGCGUAAUCGGAGGGCCCGUUUCAAGUUCGUCCUCGGGCCAGGCUCCCGCCCUCCCACCCCGCAGACUCAGUCCAGCAACCGACACCGGUGACAUCGGUAAUACGGCUACGCGUGUUGACAGAGGUCCGAAUUUAUCGAUCGUGCAUCUCUGCAACGCGUCGGAUCCUUGGGAGGUCGGUUCGCAAGGAUCAGCCUAUAGUGUAAGCAGUAACAAGAGUCAAAUAAGUUCAAGAGGCAAGUCAUCGAGCAGCGGUAGCAAUCGUGGCUCCUACACACGUGGUAGUUCGAUUCCUUCGUUGAAACGUCACGAUACGUCGUCGUCGACGUCAAGUUUGAAGCAACAUCGUCAGGAGAGCCAUGGUCAGGUAUCGAAUUCCCGUCGUCGAGAAGCCGCUAAUGCCUUCUUAUCGGGCACCGCUGGGACCUCGGGAGAGCUCUUCAUCAGUGGUAAUUGCAGCCGAGAAUUGUCGCCUGUUAGAUGGUGCGACAGAGAGGUCGACGGAGUUUACCUCGGUCGUUCUGGUUGGGUUCAAGUACAACAGAGAUCAUUGGACGAGAAUCGGAGAAUAAAUUACGAGAGCAGCUUGUCCGGGAGCACCGGUGGUAAUCUCUCUUUACCAAGAAGGACCGCCGUCAAAUUGGCCGACUAUCAUUGCAGUAACAGCGAGCCAGGAAAGUGUCCCCAAGAUUUCUCUUCGAGGUUGGACAGUCAAAGACCGGAUUAUCUCGCUUUGCAUGGUCAAGAUUACGAGUCAUGUGGUACAAGUGCUUGCACGUCUCCCCGUAGUAUACCAGAAUCCUUUUCACCACCCUCGAUAACUCCCAUCAUUUCGCCACCGCCUGCUUUUCAAGACGCCGUCGCUAAGAGAUCCUCCUCAAGGCAUAUCGCUACACGUAGUAAUUACGGGAAAGCACCGUUCCUGCCAAGAUCCAACGCAAUCGACACCGAUAUCAUCAGUCCACCUCCUUCGCCACCUCAAACCAAUUGGAGUUCCUUGCCAUCCUCUUCGAGGAAAUCCGCGAAUGCACCGUCCAGGCGUAGAUUAAACGCAACAUUAGCAGGUACCAGUCAGCAACAGCAACAACAACAACAACAACAACAACAACAGCAACAACACUAUCGAAUGGCGCAAGCUAAAUCUUUGGAGGAUCAGUCGUCCUCUAGAAGAUCUCAGUUUGUCCAAAGAUAUUUGGAAUCCUCGUCAUCGUCCUCCUCGUCCAUGGGCUUCAGAAGUUUGGACAGUUGCGUGACGAGAUCAGCGAUGCCCAGGUUAGCCGAGAACACGGAUUCAUCGGUCGAAGGAUACGAGGACGGCGACGAGGAUGAUAAUCCUAGUUCGUCGUUAAAUCUUAGCUUAGUAUCCUCACCUGUAGCUGCAUUGAAUUCGUCGACGGAAUCUAUAAGAGCUAACGGCGAAAGAAUCUCACCGUCUAACAGGCAAACUCGUCAUCAUGGAAGGACCCAACAAGGGCUCAGAAGAUCUCCGGGAUCUUCCGAGUCUGGUAAACAAUUGUCAUUUAAUUCCCCUACCUCUUCCUCGUCGUCUUCGAGCAGCAUCGAGAGACAAGGACGGUCGCCCACUCCUAAUCACUUUAGACGUGGAAAUGCAUCGAGGCAGCAUCAGAGUGCGAGAACCAGUCAGGCAUCUCCGGACUCUCUACAAUCUAGAGUGAGAAGAUCCAGGAGUUUACAACUUCCGGAGAAGAGAUCACCGAGCGCGGCUCCUCAAACAAUUAGAGAUCAUUCCCGAGAAUCUAACGAGUCUCAUCGAAUGAUGAUCAAAUUAUCAAACGAGCGAGGAAACGAGAGAAGCAAACGUUACACUUUACAGAACAGAAAAGUUCAAUCGACGGAUGAUGCCCUUAACGAGGAGUUGUUUCGCGAGGCCGAAGCUGUCACGGAAUAUCUAUAUGGUACUCGAAGUCGUGCGAUAACACGAAACUUUCUAACUAGUCGAUACGAACGCCAUGAUGAACGUCGAGACGAUGGCCAAGAACAGAGACGUGCCAAUCAAACGACCUACGACGUCUACUUCAUAUCUUCGAAACAACAGCAAUCUCAAAAGAGCAAUAACACCUCGAUGCAACAGCAACAGCAACAACAACAACCACAACAACAGCAGCAGCAGCAGCAGCAACAACAACAACAACAACAACAACAACAGCAAAGUAGAAGACCUAGGACGCUUCAACGAGGUGCCACUACACCGAACGCCAAUCCAACUUGUUCGAGUCAAGAUUUUUCUGUUAGUCCUGACACGAAGUUACGUUGUAACAGCAGUACUUGCGAUUUCUGGCCGCAUUGCUCUCAAAGAAAUACACUUUACUCGCCUAAUCAAGCGCCUGUCUUCAUGAAAGUAUCUCAGAGUUAUCCGGCACAUCAGAGAUUGUCAAUGGACACUGGUACUCAUGCGAAUCGUGGUAGCGCAUGUUCCUCGCCUGCUUCUUUGGAAAGAAUGGACGAUCGUGAUUAUAGGGAACGAGAAACUACGAGAAAGAGUAGGACCAGUCGGGAACAACAGAAUAAUUUGAAUGUUCAAAGAUAUCAAGAUAGACCGCCAAAGAGUGUAUUGAAGCAGCCCAAUCGGUGGUCACCUAUGGAGGAAGGCAAUGCUAACGGUAGUUUAGACAAAAGAGGAGAUCGUCAUCGUGUUUACAAAAAAUCUGAACUCGUCGGUAGCUUCGAAAUGUGUGAUAAAGAAAGAAAAGUGUCGCCGGUUCAAGGUGGUAAAAAUUUGAAUAGGUCACCAAGCGGUCAAGUGGCUUCGCCCUCGAGCACGUCAUCAUCUUCGAGCAGUGACAUUUGGGUGACUACCUCGGAUCGUACGGUGACGAAGAGCCCAAGAAAUGCAAAAAGUUCGGGCACGUCUACGCCUAUGGAUGACGCAGUGAUUGGUUCUCUGAAAACGUUGAUGGUACCACCGAAAGAUGGAAUGUUGUCCAGACCUGGAAGUGCACCGACCAGAGGAGAGGAUUCGUUGACCAGCGACGUGUCCUUGGAUCCACAUCAGCGCUCUCUAUCUUUACCAAAAUCAUUCUUGACACAUAACACCGAUAGCAAUAAUGCAACGAGCGGCAAAUCAGGAUCAUGGCAACGUGUACAGGAUUCUCAACGAUCAAGUCCAAAUCCAAGCGGUGCUCAUUCCGCACAGGAUAUGGCCACGCCUCACACUGCUCCCGUUUCCCCACUUCACGAUCAGUAUACUGGUCACGGUAGAAAGGAUCGAAGACGAAUGCCUGGAAUCAGCAAAACUCAACGACGUAUCAAAGCAUCCAGCACUCCGGCCUUGCUCGAUCGAGAUCACGAAAGUCGACAGUGGUCAGGUGAUGAAGAAAGUGAUGGGGCGCGUAGGACUGAACAUCCUCUAACGGAGGCAACGAUACCUUUGGUCACUCACUCUCGUCUUCAAGACCCUUUGUCCUUGGGUUCGUCGAACGUGAUCGCCACUUCAGGUGCUCCAGGACAAAAUUCUCACCGUUCUAAUGCACCUCAGAGUCAACAGGAAAGCGUAUUGCAAAAAUUUCGAAAGAGCUUCUCUUUGAGAUUUCACAAAAAAGGCAGUAAAGAGAGUACAGAGGGUGAAUGUCCUACUGAGGAGAAUGAAAGGACAACUGGCCAGUUAGGAGAAGAGGAAGAAAGGGAAACGUCGGUCGUUUUGUCAUCUGAACAAAGCUCGCAGCACAAGGACGAUCCUGGCAAUGAUCAAAAGUUUCGAUUUGGUCCUUUAGUAUGGAGGAGCAGUAAGGAAAGGAAAAAGAGUAACAAGGCAGCGCGUAAUGCAAAAUGCAAUAGCGGAGAUAGUGGAAUACAAAUAGAGAUGGUAUCUGGUGGAGCGUUGACUGUGGGCAGUAGUGGCGGAACGAUGGGGGGUGGCGAUAGCUCCGAAUCCCACGACACAGACGUCCAAGAUGAAACGGACAGCCCUCCGGCCCUUCGUAGGCGAGUUGCCGAUAAAUCACGACCCCAGUCCGAGCUCAUCAACCAGAUACUGAUAGACAAGUUUAAGGCCGACUUACAGAGUCGCGCAUCGAGACAUCAGCACGUACGUAGGACUAAUAGCGACCUUGGUGGACAGAGAUUACUCCAAUGGGAUACCAGAUCAGGAUAUAGUCAUAUUCACAAUUAUCGAAGGAUGCUCUCGACGCCAUCACCGAUCAAGAGCAGACCACCGAGGCUAAGCCCGAGACACUCUUCCCAUGACAUCGUUACGCUGAGAAGUAACGCGAAAGGGAGGAGUUCUCGGACAAAUUUGAGGCGCUCACUUAGUCAACCACUGGGUAUCAAUCAGCUUUCACCCUUGAUGCGCACCAAAACUGCAGGGGCGAGAUUACCCGGUGGAAAUGUCCUGUCCGAGGACGAACAGGAUGGUAGAGGUGGUGGUACCUCAGAUGACGAGAUGAUGUCCGAUUCCGAAUCAUCCAUCGCCUCGCUCACGGACAGAAAGAAGUCUUUCGAGCAGACAAUGGACGAGGAGGUGGUAAUCCUGGCCGAGGCUGUUUGGGAUCACGUAGCAAUGGAACCGGAGGAAUUGGCCUUUCGAGCUGGUGACCUCAUCGAUGUUCUCGACACGAUCGACAAGGAUUGGUGGUGGGGUAGCUGCGGAGGUGAACGUGGCUGGUUUCCUGCUGCUUUUGUUAGGUUGCGGGUAAGUCAAGAAGACACUGUCGAAGAUUGUUUGGCCGCAAUAGCCUCCGGAGGUACGUCAAACUCCCAAAGAAGACGCACAAGCGUAUCGUUGCUAUCGAACGAACAGGUCAGGACGAGCGUAGUUCGUGAAUUGGUCCAAACCGAGAGAGACUUUGUUAAGGUUUUAAGGGACGUUACCGAAGGUUAUAUAGCGGAAUGUCGAAGACGUACUGACAUGUUCAAUGAGGAACAAAUAGAAACGAUCUUUAUCAAUAUCGAAGAACUUCUAGACUUUCAAUCAGAAUUCUUAAAGGAUUUGGAAUCUCGUAUCGAUUGGAAUUCACCGCACAAGAGCUGCGUUGGCGAGUGUUUCCUCAAACACAGAGCAGGCUUUCGAAUGUAUUCUGAAUAUUGCAACAGCCAUCCAAUGGCAACCGCCACACUGCAGGAACUUUAUCAGCACAAUCGUUAUAGCAAGUUUUUCGAGGCUUGUAGACUGAUGCGUGGUCUGAUAGAGAUACCUUUGGAUGGAUACUUGCUUACGCCGGUUCAACGGAUAUGCAAGUAUCCCCUGCAGUUGGCGGAGUUGUUAAAAUACACGAAAGCGGACCAUCCAGAUUAUCAUAAAAUUCAAGAAGCUUUAGAAGCGAUGCGAGGCGUUGCUGUAUUGAUUAACGAAAGAAAAAGACGAAUGGAAAGUCUAGAAAAGUUGGCUGCUUGGCAACUCAGGGUCGAAGGAUGGGAGGGCGAAGAUCUCAUAGAAGUAUCUUCUCAAUUGAUUUAUCAAGGUGAAGCUAUGCGAGUAACCACUGGCAUGUGGACAAACAACAUCACGCUUUUCCUCUUCGAUCAUCAGCUCGUCUAUUGUAAGAAAGAUAUUUUGAAACGUAACACUUACGUUUACAAGGGUCGUAUUUAUCUCGAUACAAGCGAAGUCAUCGACGUGCCGGAUGGAAAAGAUCAUCAGUUGGGUGUUACGGUCAGGCAUUGUCUGAAAGUUUAUAGCUGCGUACGAGACAAAUGGUUGUUGUUCUGUUGUCGUACAGCCGAAGAGAAACGUCGUUGGUUGGUAGCAAUGGCCGAAGAACGACGACUAGUAGCUCAAGAUAGGAACGAUGGACUGGAAUUUCCAGCUGCUGCUCGGCAACUCGCCAGAUUGGCGGCUACCAGACAGCGUAACAGGCCACCCGUAAAACCUCGCAGCAAAUCGUAUAAGAGAGAGCCAACGUACGACGUGUCAAACGUGGUAACGCAAGGAACAACAAAUUCAUUGGGCCGUAAAGUCGGUACCUGGUUUACGUUCGGUAGCAGCAAGAAAAGUGCACGACCUCAACCGUCCUGAGACAGGCCCACCUUCGUUCCGUACAUCGAUUUGUAAAGACACUUCAACGUGAACAAGCGCUCGAUCGUACUUCCACAAUCGUGAAUUCUAACGAUCUGAUGAAGACAUCGUUAUCAGCGCUCAUCGAAUGUACGGUACGAAGGUACGUCAAAUUUUUUUUUAUCGUUCGUCCUGCUGUACUAUGAUAUAGAUAAUACAUACGUAUAAAAGAGAAGAAAAUCAAAGUACAGCUGCGAUGUAAAAUAAGAUUAGCUCGUAUAUAAACAUCUUGAAAUGUAGUGAAAUUACAUGAUUGUUGUUCUGCAUCAAACUAUUAUUCUACGAUUCCGAAGAGAAAAAAACAAAAAAAGAAAAAAGAAAAAAAGAAAACUGACAGCAGAUCUAUUAUGUCAACGAUCCUUUCGUUCACUGCCUCGCUGAAUAAGAACGUGUUUCGACAAGCACCGCCGCGCUAACUUCGCUCCCUAAAAACUAUUCCUUUGAUCUCUCCGAUGAAACGCACUUCGCUUUAAAAAAAAAAAAAAAUAAUAAUAAUAAUAAUAAUUUAAAAAAGUCCGAUAUAUAUAUAUAUAUACAUACAUAUAUCUUAACUGUACAUUAAAGUUCUUGAUCGAGCCAAAGCCGAUAAAUAUGAAAGAUUCUUCUAAUUGGACGUGUUGGUCGUUUGGAAGAAGUAUUGUCGGAGGAGAAAUGUAAUAAGCUAGAGGGAUAAGAAUAUCAUUUAGCGAUAGUUAGUAAAUGUAUAAAAAUGAAAUAGUAUGCUUUUGAAAUACUAAAGGGAAAGUACUAGUCACUUGUAUCUGCGAACUGUAAUAAUGACAAUGAUCAAUGUUAAUCUUCUUCAAUACGCGGAAUGGCUUUAUACGAAUGCAUUUAGAAUGAACGUUGAGCAAUCUUUCUUUUUUUUUCUUCUUUCUUUUUUUUUUUUUUUUUUUUUUUUUCCUUUUAAUAAUGAUCGAAAGACUGAUGAAUAUGAUACGCGCGCUUGUAUAGGAGAAAAUAAUUAUUGCGGAACAUGAUUAAAGGGUCUUUCGUAAAUGACAUCUCAAAUGGGCUCCUUCGUAACUUUUAUUACCUCCUCAUUAAAUUUAAUACUUUGUUAUUCCACGUGAACUCUGUAAUUAUGAUAAUACUCAUAAUAAUUUUUCCAACGAUUGAAUUAAUUUUAACAAUGCCACAAUUUAUGUACGUUUUCGUGGCAUAACAAAGUGACACUUUGUUUGAUGAAAAUUUGAGUAUAAAGGCAAAAGAAAAAAAAAAACAAAAAGAAUACACACACAUAUAUAUAUAUAUCACUGGGUAUGUAAAUAUAAUACGCAUAUCAAAGCCCUCGUCGUUACACGAAGACCAUCUAAGGAAUCUGCACGUUUUUUUCUACUCUUGUACAGAACGCAAGGAUUCGUAAUAGAAGAAAAUCGAUACGAAUGGUAAAGAAUGAAUUUUGAGAUCAAACGUCUACGUAAAUGAAAUUUCUUCAACUUCGACGCGCGAAAGUUCGAAAUUUAAAGGGGGGAAAAAAAAAAAAUGGAAAAAAAGAGAAAUAAAAGAAAAGUGAAAAAACAAAAAAAAAACAAAAAAAGAAAAAUUAUGAAAUAAUAAACAAAAAAUAAAGAUUUGCUCUCACCGAUCGAAAGUUCUCAACACUGCCAAUAUGUUUGAAGAAACAUCUUUGUUCGAUCAAUUUCUACACAUGUCCUGCUUUGAUAAACCAAAAAAAAAAAAAAGAAAUCACGAUUGUAUGCUGAGGAAAAAAAAACAGAAAAAUGUUAUCGUUAUGGCUUCGUACAUGUAUUUUUCUUUUGUUCGGUACCAUUUUCAUUUCAAUGCACGAUUAUAAAGAAAAAAAAAAAAUAUUUAGAACAAAGGAGGAGGGAGGAAGGAUAAACUAAAUAUAUAAGUUUUCGCUCAGUUUCUGGCAUUGCAUCUACUAUAUGACAAAGACAAUAUAAUCAGUAGAUCAGGAAAAUAAGAUUCCUAUUAAGCUGUAUAGAAAUUGUUAGUAACGUUGACGCUUAGAUUAGAAAGAUACAUACAUUUAUUGCUGGACCUAGCUCUUCUCAGAGUUAUUUUUAUAGUACGAAUUUUUUGAUUUCAAUGUGAUUACUUUGUGUAUACUAUUGCACAAGGACAAGCUAUAAAAAUGAUUGACUUAUUUAAAAAUAUCUCGUGUCUCUCUCUCUCUCUCUCUCUCUCUCUCUCUCUCUCUCUCUCUCUCUCUCUCUCUCUCUCUCUCUCUUUCUAUCUCUUUCUCUCUUUCUAGCGAUAAAGGGAUUAGAGAAAAUAAUAUUAAAUUAUUUAUUAUUCAUCAAAAGAAAUUAUCGAAUUUAUGCUUAAACAGAUAAGAAAGGAAAUACUAUCAGACGAACGUUGAUUUCGACAAUUAAUAUUUAUUUUCAAUAUAAUCUUAAAUAAUCGAUGAAACGUUCUAAAAAUCUAAAAAAUAUUUAGAGACACGCAACUAUAAAUAUCAUUCCUUCUCUUGUACUAUUAUUGGAAGCCUCUCUUGCCAUUAUUGCUUAGAGCCAAUAAAGUACAAGAUGUUAAUCCGACUACUUCUAAACAGUUACAUACAAAAAGUAAAAUAAUGUGCUUUGAAGCAAUAAUAAUACUAGAAAUUACAUAUACAUACAUAUACAUAUACAUAUACAUAUAUAUAUAUUUUCCCCUAAAUUUGAUAAUGAUAACUGUAUGUGCAUAUUUAAGGAGAAAAAGAUAUAAAGCUCAUUUUGUUAUUAUCAACAUACUUAGAUAUAUCAUGGCAAUGAAUUAAGAAAAUAAUACUGAACAUGUUGCUCUGUUGAAUGUACAUAAAUAGAUGUAUUUUACAAUUGUAAAUACUGUAGACCUACCAGUUAACAAUUUCAACGCAUUUUAGAAUAAAAAAAGUAACUUUCAAGUUAAUUAUAUGUAACAUUUGAACGAAGUUACUUAUUGAUUAUGGCGUAAUGUUUUGUAUAUUUGUACAUCUGAUUUAAUGAUUUUAAUAAUAAAUUUUCAACUUUUAAUCUAUCAUUCGCGUUAUAUAUAGUUAUUGUUUAUACUAUAUCUGUACAGUUUGAAUUUAUAACUAUAUAAUUGCGAUUUAUCGUUUAUCAUAUACAAGUAUUGUUGAGUUAAAUACGUGUAAAUAAACAUUUUGUAAUUACUACAGUCACGUUUUAUUGCGCUACGUACGUCCUGUAGAUGUAGUAUAAAAAAAAGUUAUGGAACACAUUGGUUAAAAUUUAAAAAAAAAAAAAAAAAAAAAAAAAAAAAAGAGAGAGAAAAUAUAUCGAAUAUCAUAAAGAUAGAGUUAAUGAUUAAGUGCCUAGGAUAUAAUUGGUGUUAUUAGACAAUUGUGAUUUUAAUUGGUAAUUAUCUUUUCUCAAUUGAGUCGCAACUUGUCUGAGAGCUUUGGCUUCCUCUAAUAACUGCGUAUUCUCUUCUAAAUUUUGAGCAUACUUCUCUCGAAUCUCUCGUAAUUCCGUUAUGUAUUCGCAUGCUCGUGCAAGAAUAUCACCCUUGCUCUAUCAACAAAAAAUAUUUUAAAAAAAGAUCUGUAAUAACAAAAAUAGAAAGUAUAAUAUACUAUAAUAUUUUACUUGUAAUUCAGAAGUAGCUUUUAUAUCUCCUCCGCUAAUGCCAUUUUCAUUAUCUGGUAAAAGCUUUCCCAAUUUGAAGAUCCAAUUGUUGAUCUUGUCUCUUCUACGCUUUUCUACUUCGUUAUGCGUUACUCUUCUUCUUUCGUCUCUCUAAAGAAAAUUUUUUUUUUAAAGAACUAUGAAUACGAUUUGUUCACUAUGAUAGGAUGGAAAAAUAGUAUAACAUUACACA